CAGGAGGGGCGAACAAAUGCCAAAGCAGCCGGCUACUCAGCGGUAGAGGCAGCGAGGAGAAACGCCGGCCGCUUUUUGUUCGAACCUCCGUCAUUCCCUACACCCCUGGUGAGCGGUUUUUCGGGGUGCCAGGCUCAGCGGCUCCAUACCAGCCCCUCUAGCAUUUGCCUGUGGGUAAAUAUGUCUUCAGCCACUGGUGGAGACAGAGGACUUGAAUCUUCCUUGGAAGCGAGUAUCAGCAGCACGUGUUCUUAUGGAUCUACCCGUGCCAGGAUUUUUAAGAUCAUUGUGAUUGGUGACUCCAAUGUGGGGAAGACCUGCCUGACGUAUCGCUUCUGCACAAGCUAUUUCCCUGAACGGACAGAGGCCACCAUCGGUGUGGACUUUAGGGAGAGGUGUGUAGAUAUAGAUGGAGAAAGAAUAAAGAUUCAGCUAUGGGACACGGCUGGUCAAGAACGCUUCCGCAAGAGCAUGGUCCAGCAUUACUAUAGGAAUGUACAUGCUGUGGUUUUUGUGUACGACAUCACCAAUAUGGCAAGUUUCCAUAGUCUACCAGCCUGGAUAGAGGAGUGCAAGCGGCAUUUACUUACCAAUGAUGUGCCCCGCAUUCUGGUCGGCAAUAAGUGUGACCUAAAGGACUCUAUUCAAGUACCCACUGACUUAGCUCAAAAGUUUGCUGACUUACACAGCAUGCCAAUGUUUGAAACCUCCGCCAAGAAUACCAAUGACCACGUUGAGGCUAUAUUCAUGACACUGGCACAUAAGCUGAAGAGUCACAAGCCACUGGUCUUGAGUCAGCCACCAGAGAAUACAGUAGAGCUUAAUUCUGGAGCCAAGACCUCCUUUCCGUGCGGUUGCUAGAUUUCUGUUUUUAUCAGACUCAAAUGCAGGAAGCAUUUUACAAGUUCCAUUGAAGUAGAAGUCAGCUUGGUGGCAAGACUGCCAGGAAGAUGCAUGGUUUUAUGGAGGUCAAGUUAAGGCAUGUUCUAUUCAGGGGUCUUGCAUUGAGCCUCAUUGUAACCGUUAUUAUAGCGUGGACUUUUCAGAAACCCAAUCGUUCGAGUUGUGCAUUUUUUUUUUUCUUCCUUCUUCCUCAAACUACAUAACCUUUUUGCUAAAUGUGAUUUUUAAUUCUGAAAAGUGUACUAUGUCCAUGUGCUUUCCUGUUUGACUUCACCUAAACUGCAUUUCUCUAACCUUUUUCCCUGUAUUUUAGUCUUUCGAUUACAUUUGUCUAUUCCCCAUCUCCCCCCCCCCCCCCCCUACUUUCCAGUCGGACAGCCUGGUUCCUCAUGUCGGACAGAGGCUGUGUGCACAGUAAGCUGGUAGUGCCUUGUUGGAGUCAGACCUAGCCCAUAGCAGGUUGAUCCAUGUGCCUGUGACCAUAUUGCUGCUGUUGGGACAGGUCUAGAAUUGCAUACGGUUCUAUAUUUGAAGUAAAACUCUAAGAAGUCACUAAGUAAUGGUGAGUGAUUGGAGUCAGACAAGGUCAUUUCCUUCCUCUUAUGUAGCCAGACAAGCUGAACUGUUUCUUGAAACCAAGAAGAAAGACCCAGAGAACCUCUUUACAUUGCCCAGACUGUGACUGUCAAGACCUAAGAAGUCAAGCUAGGACUAGCACAAACUUACUGUUUUAUGGUCUACCUUGUACUUGUGUCCUUCACAAUAGUUUACUACUUAAUCUAAAGAGUUGCUUUCAUUUCCCAUCUUAAAGGGACUGAAAAUGUAUAGAAAAUCUCAGCACAACCGUUUUAAAUGUCAUUUUUAACACCUUCAUGUGUGUCGUUCAUGUCAAGUAUAUUACUGUCUGCUUGUGAUAGAAAAUGCACUAAAUAUUUUACAUGUAUUGUUAACAGGGACUACUGGGUUAAACCAGCCUGGUCUUAUAGCUCAAAAAAAAUAUAUAUAUAGAGAUGCGCUAGAACACUUGUCUUGUUGAAAAUAUAAGCAAAGUAUUUCCAAAGUAUUAAAGGGGAUGUUCAAUGGUAUAAACUUCCUAUAAAAUAAGCUGUACUCAUCUCACCAGCCGCCCACUGCUGCUGUUGCCACACUUAUCAGCAGGGACCUGGUCUCCACUUUCUGGUCACUACACAAGAAAAUGGGUGGAAAUGGCUGCUAAGCCAGUCAGUGGUGAAUUGGCUUAGCUGGGAUUUCUUGUUUGUUGAGACUGGAACGGGAAGCAGAGACCAGCGGGAAUCCACAAAGUGUUGGAAUGGAAGUGAUGAGUGGAUUGAGUAAGACCCCAUGAACACAACCAUGUGACAGGUGUGUCCACGAUCUGCAUGUUGCCGACAAAGAUAGGACGUGUCCUAUCUUCGACUGCAACGUGCGGAUCGUGGACCCAUUGCGGUCAAUGGGUCCGCACCGCAAUGUGGGGACAAGGCGGCCAGUGCCCAUGUUUUGGGGAUCUGCUGUUUGUGGUCCGCAAAAUGGACACAUCCAUCACAUGGUUGUGUGAAUGGGGCCUAAUACUUAUUUUUAUCCAGACAACCCCUUGUACCAUACAAGAUUUUUUAGUAAGGUUCCUUUCACAUAACUGUUGUAGUAAGAAUUGUAUAUUUCUUGCUUAAAUGAAAACAUAAAAAGGGGGGUGGGGAAAACCUUUUUAUAUUCCUAUGAUUUGAUAUAGUCCAUAAAAACCAAGAAGGUAAUAGACGCCUCUGGUUCUGUUAAGAACUGAUUUCAGGUCUAUAUACAUAGCUGAAAUGCUUAAAGGCUAUGGGCACCUUUUGGGAGCAGUAUUUUUAUUAUUGCAUUUUACUCAUUUUAGGUUAAAAAAACAACAACUUUUUUUUAAACUAAAUAUACUUUUUUUUUUUUUUUUUUUUUCUUCUUCCAGUUUUCCAUUAUUAAAAAUGUAAAGUUUUAACUCUCUAGCUUUCAUUUUCACUAUAGUUCUAGGCUAAUUCUCUCUGCUUCACACUGGGUCCAUUGGGGAGCUGCUGUGACUGCUCGAUUUGCAGCCCUUAUCUCUAAACUCCUGACAGCUCAGGAACACCGAUUUUUAGCCAUAUUCUUAUUGGCUUGAGAAAAAGUGUUUAUGAGCAGUCAAAAGUUCCAAAAUAACAGCUGCAGAUCGAGCCUUCAGAGCUGCUCCCCAAUGGAUUCAGUGUGAGGCAGAGAGCAUAGUCUAGUCUAUAGUCUGUAAAUGUAGUGAAAGUGAAAGCUGUUGAGGAAAAACUGUUGAACGUUUUUCUUAAUGACCAAUUGAAAAAAAUUGAUUUUUAACUAAAAAUGGGUAAAAUGCAAUGAUAACAAUAUUGCUCACGAAGGUGCCCAUAGCCUUUAAGCAGAUUCCCUUCUGAAUUUAGAUGAUAAUGUGCAAGUGCUAAAGGCUAUCUGUGGGCCGUUAUCAUUUUAGAGACCUCAUUGGGACUGAAGUACUUCAUAGAUCAGCUUUUCUCACUUAAGUUUGUAUACCUGCUAACACAUCUUCUCUAAACAGCCAAAUGCAGUGUGUGACUCUUCUGGCACGUUGUUGGCGCAGCCUGGGAGUUGUAUUUGCAAGGCCAGUGUAGUACCACACUUUACUAUGUCCUAAGCACUACCUGAUGUAUAAUAAUGGUAUUGUGGAAAUGUGGGACAGAACUGUUCUGGUGAAUUAUUGAAAACUAUGUGUUAUUGCAUAUUCCUGCCCUACCUGUAUGACUGUAAAAAACUAAUUUUGUGCACGUGUGUGUAUAUGACAGAAAGGAGUCAUUGUUUGUGGUAUGUCAAAUUCAUUUUCCCCAAAUGUUUUAAGCCCCUGGUCGUUUUAAGGAUAGCUGUUGCAGAAACCUUGAAAGUCACACCACUUAAAGAAGCACUCCUGCAAACAUUUUUAUUCUUUGACCAGUUAGAAAGGUACAUGAUGUAAACUGUAGUGAAGAUAAUCUUAUCAGUGACUGUAUCGGUGAGUUAUAACCUCCCUUCUAAUCCUCAGCUUUGUCAUGUGAACACUGAUCUCCAACUGACACAGGACAGGAAGUCAGUUACUUCUCUAUUCAUUCUUAUGAGACUGACGUUGAGGCUGUUUUAGGAAUACAUAGAGAAGCUGGCUUCCUGUACACACAUAAGAUGCUGUGCUAUUUGAAGUGUCAGUGUUGGUCACAUGGCACAACUGAGGAUCAGAAGGGAGGGGAUAACUCAGUCAUUGGUAAGAAGAUUACCUUCACUACAGUUUACAUCAUGUACCUUUCUAACAGGUCAGAGGAUAAAAAAUGUGUGCAGGAGUGCUUCUUUAAUGUAUGUUGUAGCAGUGUUGACCUAUUACAUUUAGAAGUGGGGUUCAGCGAUCGAAUAAGCAGCUGCGCUUGUUGGAAUGACACAGACCUUUCACUGCAGUUGAGCCAACUGUCCAUAUCCUUUAGUCUUAAGGCAUCUUUUAUAUGGCUGUAAUGUGGACACAUUAAAGCCCCCACCAAUCCAUGCUAGACUAUGGAUUUAGUGAUCCGAACUUGCAGCAUCUUAAAUUCCUCUGAUCUUAUUUUGGGUCAUUAUUCCUAAACAGGCCUAGCCCAUCAUUUUGUGAUCGUUAAGGGGUCUUCUCCUUGGGGCCCCUACAGAUCAUCAGAACCAUAUGACCAUACAAAUUUGGAUGUGUCUAGUACACAAGUGAACAGGGUCUUAACUGCAGUAACGGUCACCGCUACCCCUUUACUCUGCUAAUCAGCAGGUGUCCCAAGAUGGGACCCUCACCGAUCACACAUUGAUGGCCUAUACUAAGGAUAUACUGUCAGCAUAAGGGUCCAUUCACAUGUCCGUC